GGGGCGGGUGCCGGGAUUGAUACUGCAGAGGUACUUCGAGUUGGAGAAGUCGGCCGGGAUGCGGUGGUUGCUGAAGUUCGGAGGAUUUAAGGAGAGGUUGCUAGCGGAUGAUUUGUUCUUAGCCAAGCUUAUCAUGGAGUGUGUUGUUGUCAUCUUUACAAAGGCUGCUGCAGAACUGGAGCGGCGUAAAGAAAAAUUUACUAAGGAGCUGGAUUUUGUUGUUGCCAAUGUGGUAACAGGCAUUGUAACAGGUUUCGUGCUUGUAUGGUUUCCUGCUCCUGCAGUUCCUCUCAAAUGCCCUCCAGCAGUUAGUGCUGGACCUAUUGCUAAAUUCUUCUAUGGCUGUCCUGAGAAUGCUUUUCAGGUGGCUUUGGCUGGAACAUCAUAUACACUUAUACAGCGAAUAGGUGCUAUAGUGCGGAAUGGGGCAAAACUAUUUGUUGUCGGGACUGGUGCAUCACUGGUCGGUAUAAGCAUUACAAAUGCAUUGAUCAAUGCACAGAAGGUUGUUAAAAAAAAAUUGGCUUCUGAGAUUGAGAACUUACCUGUAAUAUCAACCAGUGUUGCAUACGGAGUUUACAUGGUGGUGGUUAGCAACAUCAGGUACCAAAUACUUGCAGGAAUUAUUGAGCAACGGAUUCUAGAACCGCUGCUAAGGCAAAACAAGCUUAUGCUAAGUGCAGCUUACUUUGCUGUUAGAACUGCCAACACUUACUGGGGUUCUCUUCUGUGGGUGGAUUUUGCUCGAUGGGCUGGAGUCCAGAAGAUAAAAGACUAGGCGUUAUUAUGCAUUACAAGAUAUUGCAAAGUAAUAUUCACUUUGGUCUUUCUCUUGGUAAACGAGAAACUAAAGUGCCAUGGCAUAAAAGUUUGAAGGUAAAUUGUAAUUUAAAAAUGCUAUUUGUACACCAAAAUCAACUACUAAAAUUAGCCACCAAU